AGGCGGCGUGAACCGGAAGUGCUCCCCGUUUGACCCCCUCCCAGGCAAGAUGGCGGCGUGGCGACGGUUACUAAGCGACGGGGGGUUGCGGGGCUCCCUCGGGAGGCUGCGGGUGAGAGAGAAGGUCGCCUCGGCCCCCCCCCCCUCGCAGGCGGCUGUCCGGCAGUUUUCCUGCCUGGAUGAUAGGAGGAGAUCCUUUGCCCGCUGCUGUUGGAAAGAUGCUUUACAGCAGCCCCCGAAGAUUUGCUGGAGGCUUUGUCCAGCCAGAAAUUUCGCCUCAGCUGCUACUGCCAGAGCCACAGAAGAAAACGUACUAAAAUGGGGACUUUUGCUCAUCCCAAUAGGUUCAUUUUUCCUUGGCUGUUGGCAGGUUCAGCGGCGGGAAUGGAAGCUGAGACUGAUUGCCGAACUGGACAGCAGGGUUUCUGCCGAGCCAAUUCCACUGCCUGCAGACCUCUAUGAACUGAACGAAUUGGAAUAUGUGCCAGUCAAGGUCAGAGGUCAUUUCGACCACACCAAAGAGCUGUAUGUGCUCCCACGAUCCCCAGUGGACCCUGAGAAAGAAGCCAGGAAUGCCGGCCGUAUCAUGUCUAACGUGGAGAGCGGAGCCCACGUCAUCACUCCCUUUUACUGCACUGACCUUGGGAUAACGAUUCUUGUCAACAGAGGAUUUGUUCCCAGAAAAAAGAUGAAUCCAGAGACAAGAUUAAAAGGACAGAUCCAAGGGGAUAUUGAACUCAUCGGGCUGGUGAGGCUAACAGAACCUCGGAGAGCUUUUGUGCCGGAAAACAACAUUGAACAAAACACGUGGUUUUACCGUGAUUUGGAUGCCAUGGCCAGAGUCACGGGAGCAGAGCCCAUUUUUAUUGAUGCAGACUAUAGAAGCUCAGUUCCCGGGGGGCCGAUCGGUGGCCAGACCAGAGUAACUUUACGAAAUGAGCACAUGCAGUAUAUACUUACUUGGUACACGCUGUGUGCGGCCACUUCCUUCUUGUGGUACAAGAGGUUCAUUCAGAAGGUGCCUUUUUGAGUCUUGGAAGAACGUGGUUUCAGGUGUGCGGCUUUAAAAAGCGGCCAUCUAGCCCAGAUCGUAGACUGGCUCAUUUGGAAGAUGAUUUGGGACUUCUCAGCCAAGACAGGAGUUACUGGAAACCAGGCAGAUUUUCUCUUAAAAAGUAAGCCAAUCUUCACAUAUUUGGGGAAAUAUUACUGGUUUUCAGAAGACAAUCAAGUAAUGGGGAGUCUUGAAAGGAAAAGUCCAUUCAAAUGUGGGCUCGUCAACGGACAAGAAAUCGAUUUAAAACUAGGGGCUUGGAGGUAACUAUAUUAUUUGUGGUAAUUUGAAUCACGUUUCUUGAAAUAUUGACUGCAAAUAAAAUUUGGGUCUUUUUAA